AUGGCAUCCGGAUCUUGCAUGUGCGGCGAGAUUGAGUACGCUUACACUGGCGAGCCCGCAGUGACUGCCUUGUGCCAUUGUACCGAUUGCCAAAAGUGGACUGGCGCCGCCUACACCAGCAAUGUCGUCGUGCCCCGCGGCAACUUCAAAGUGACCAAGGGCAAGCCCAAGGACUACGAUGCCAAGGGUAACUCGGGCAAGAUCAACAAGCACUGGUUCUGCUCCAACUGCGGAAGUUCGCUCUACACCGAGCUUGAGAUCAUGCCAGACGUCACCUGCGUCAAGUCCGGCGGGUUGAACGGCGGUGCUGCCAACCACCCCAUUGCCGUCGAG